AUGAGCCCAAUCCAGAUUCCCAUCGAGGCGCUCACCUCGCGAUUCGGUGACCGCUUCAACAGCCUCCGGUCCCAGUCUCUGGGAUCGCGUUUCGCCAACCUUCGCCCCAUCUCCGAGUUUCUAGACCUCAAGCGCAUCUCGAAGCCUGCCAACUUUGGCGAGGUACAAAGCCGAGUCAAUUACAACCUGUCGUAUUUCUCGAGCAACUAUGCUGCCGUCUUUGUGAUGCUCAGCAUCUACAGCCUACUUACCAACCCCGUCUUACUCUUCGUCAUCGUUUUUGUCUCUGCUGGUCUAUGGGGAAUUGGCAAACUGGAUGGCCGUGAUCUUGAGCUCGGCUUUGCUCGGUUCAAUACCUCUCAGCUUUACACUGGACUGCUGCUCGUGGGGAUACCCCUUGGCUUCUGGGCCUCUCCGAUCACAACAGCUCUCUGGCUCAUCGGAGCCACUGGCGUGACUGUCUUUGGUCACGCUGCAUUCAUGGACAAGCCCAUUGAGAAUGCUUUUUCCGAGGAGGCGGUCUAG